UCAGACUUCAGACUGAGAGUGAAGACGGUGGCGAGAAUUUCAUCACCAGCACUAUCCUCCUCCUCCGUUUCCGCCGCCUUACCCGCCACCUUAGUGAGGAACCUUCCAAGGCAUCUCCAGCUACCCUCCGGCGCCUCAACCCGCGAUCUGCUACCGUCAGUCGGUCCCAUCUCCUGGCGUCAUCAAUCCAUCUCCUGGUCAUUAUCAUCCUCAUGGCUGCUAAGUGGUUUCACCGGAUAAGGAUGGGUGGAAAAAACGGGGAAAAGUAUAAGGACGCCACUGAGUUAAAGUAUGAGGACUGGGUUACAUACUUGAUGAACUUAUUAAAGAUUAAAAAAUUAAUUUUUUCUUGAAAAUAUUACUACAAACCAGAUUAUUGUGGAAUAUUUUGGCCCAAAAAUGAGAAAGGGGGGAAGCUUCCCCAAAAAAUAAAAUGUAAGAAAAGCUACGUGAAUAAUUUUGAAUGGAGAAGAAGGAUACCAAUGUCGCAAGCCACCAAAACGAGAAAGCAUUAGAAAUCCCUAAAUUGCAAACCACCUUUCAUUGAACAGCUCUCGGCCGUGCUAAGUUGGUGUAAGAUUUGCUGCAACAUCAAACUUCUUGAUUUUCACUUCGGUGGCUGAGGAGAGUACAGAGAUGAAGUUCUUCAAAUGUUUCACUCUAUAAGUUUAUCUGGGUUUUCAUGGAAACCAAUAUUCCCAAUUUGGCAAAUCUUCUUCAGCUUUGCAUCAGCAAGAAAGCUCUCCUAGCAGGUAAGAUUCUCCAUGCACGAAUCUUCCGUCUGUCCCUUUGUUCUGACACCCUUCUCUCCAAUCACCUAAUUGAACUGUAUUCCAAGUGUGAUGAUGUUAAUGUUGCCUAUCGUGUGUUUUGUAAAACACCUCAAAGAAACAUAUAUUCCUGGAAUGCCAUCUUGGGUGCUUAUUGUAGACAUAGCAACUUGCGGGAUGCCUAUACAUUGUUUCAACAAAUGCCUGAAAGGAACACUGUAUCAUGGAACACUAUGAUUAGCACAAUGGUACGAACUGGAUUUGAACAGCAGGCAUUGGAUACUUUUGACUUAAUGAUGUUGGAAGGAAUUAAGCCCUCCCAUAUUACAUUUGCUAGCAUAUUUAGUGGAUGUGGUGCUUUAACAGAUGCUGAGUUUGGCAGGAAAAGCCAUGGUCUUGUGGUCAAGGUUGGUCUUGACAGGAAUCUGUACGUUGUCAAUGCUCUUUUGUUCAUGUAUAGUAAGUGCGGGCUUGCCAGGGAUGCAAUGCAUAUUUUUAGGGACAUACCUGACCCUAAUGAGGUUUCUUUUACUACAAUGAUGGGUGGAUUAGCUCGGACAAAUCAGGCAAGAGAAGCUUUUGAAAUGUGUAGGCUAAUGUUAAGAAAAGGUAUUCAUAUUGAUUCUGUCUCAUUGUCAACCAUCUUGGGUAUCUGCUCAAAAGGAGGAUUUGAGGAAAUUGGUCUCUAUGUUCAAAAUUAUGGCCUCCCACCUACUGUUUUGGGCAAAGAAGUACACGCACUUUCAAUUAAACUAGGAUUUGAAAGAGAUCUCCACUUGAACAAUUCACUGCUUGAUAUGUAUGCAAAAAGUGGAGACAUGGAUAGUGCUGAAAAUAUUUUUACUAAUUUGCCUCAACUGAGUGUUGUUUCUUGGAAUAUAAUGAUUGCUGGAUAUGGAAACGUGUACAACAGUGAGAGCGCUUUAGAGUAUCUGCGAAGAAUGGGAUCUUAUGGGUUUGAACCAGAUGACGUUACUUAUAUUAAUAUGCUAGCAGCAUGCAUCAAGUCUGGGAAUAUUAGUACUGGGCGUUAUAUAUUUGACAGCAUGCCAUGCCCAAGUUUGACUUCAUGGAAUGCUAUGCUCUCGGGCUACAUCCAGAAUGCAUAUCACAAAGAGGCUGUUGAACUAUUUAGAAAAAUGUUGUUCCAAGGUGUACGUCCUGAUCGGACUACGUUGGCUAUUAUUCUCACUUCAUGUGCUGAAAUAGGACUUAAUGUUGAGGGGAAACAAGUUCAUGCAUACUCACUAAAGUUUGAAUUAUAUAAUGAUCUGUAUGUUGCCAGUGGUCUUAUCAAUGUUUACUCAAAAUGUGGGGAAAUGGAAUUGGCAAAGCAUGUAUUCUGCAAACUUUCUGAACUGGAUGUUGUUUGUUGGAACUCAAUGAUAGUGGGGUGCUCAAUCAAUUCUCUUGACCAAGAAUCUUUCUGUUUCUUUAAGCAGAUGAGAGAAUUUGGCUUCACUCCUUCUGAGUUUUCUUAUACUAACAUAUUAAAUUCAUGUGCAAAACUUUCUUCCUUAAAGCAAGGACAGCAGAUUCAUGCACAAAUAACAAAAGAUGGCUUUGUAGAUGACAUAUUUGUGGGGAGUUCUCUUAUUGAAAUGUAUUGUAAAUGUGGAGUUGUGGAUGGAGCCAGGUGUUUUUUCAAUAUGAUGAAAUUUAAAAACAUUGUUACUUGGAAUGCAAUGAUCCAUGGUUAUGCGCAUAAUGGAUGUGGUGUUGAGGCUGUUUGGCUUUACAAGGACAUGAUCCAAUUGGGUGAAAAGCCAGAUGAUAUUACUUUUGUAGCUGUAUUAGCGGCAUGUAGUCAUUCUGCUUUGGUUGAUGAAGGUGUUGAAAUAUUCAAUUCAAUGCAGCAAAACUUUGGAAUUAUGCCAAUGGUAGAUCACUAUACUUGCAUUAUAGAUUGUCUGGGUCGUGCUGGCCGGUUCAAUGAAGCAAAAGUCAUUCUAGAUAGUAUGCCAUGCCAAAAUGAUCCAGUCAUUUGGGAGGUUUUACUGAGCUCAUGUCGUAUUCAUGCUAACCUGGAAUUAGCAAAAAGAGCAGCAGAGGAACUCUUUCGAUUGGAUCCUCAAAAUUCUGCUUCUUAUGUGCUUCUUGCCAACAUGUAUUCUUCUGUGGGAAGAUGGGAUGAUGCAACACGUGUUAGAGAUAUGAUGAGUGACAAACAGGUACGUAAGGAUCCUGGUUAUAGCUGGAGUGAAUUCAAGAAUGAGAUGGAGGACAGUAAUUGUGAUGGGUUGGGGUGCAAUGUCAUUUAGGGGAUGAGAUUUCUUUAUCAUAAAUGAAAUCAAGGCACUUCUGCAGAGGUUUUAAUGACUACUGCAAGGGGGGAUUAACGCUUCCCCCUCAAAGUUGAUAAUGGCUAGUUCGAUGCAGUGAAUUCUCCAUGUGGGUCCUCAAUAAACUUGAGUUGGAUUCCGGAUUGUUGCUCGUUUGCAAAACUUGGCAUGGAAUCUACAUGACGGUUUUGAUCCCUUGAAGUUUGAGAUGUAACACUUCUCUUUCAAUAGCUGAAAAGUACUUCCAUACUCAUUUGGGAUUGCGCUACCUAGACAUUGUGAGUUCAACAGCAUGGAGACUAUUUGCUUGGGGAAUAUAUGUUGCCCUGGGGAGAAUAGAUAAUUGGUGAUAUCUUCAUGCAGGGAUACAGAUGUCCUUGUCUCCAAUCAUUGAUGCCAAUUUAGAGCUUUGCCUUCCCAACACCGUGGAUGUGUAGACUUUUCUCUCCCUUGAAAACUCCUUAAAAGCUCACAUCUUCCUUCAACACUCCACUUCCCCCCCAUGACUGAGAAUUGUUUUCUAGUCCAGACUAUCACUCCUGCACUUCCAUUCUGGCUAUUAUCAGUACCACUCUAGCCACACUCAAACUGUUAAAUGAUAGAGAACCUUCCUAAGAUACCAAGUAGUUUACUAAGCAAUAUCAGAAAUAUAGAGAUCUAUCUCUGAAUUUGGUAGAAAUCCAACGCACAGACCCAGUCCUAGAUCCAGGAAUAGCAGAAAAAUAAUAUAACCAACAGAUUAUAGUCUCUAGGAUUCAAGGCGGGUCCUGGUAGGUUUUCCAGGCCAAUGCCACUCCCCUCCCCUCCUCUUUUCUCAUUUCAUUCUUUCCCAAAUCCUCCCAACAGUCUGCCCCCUGAAAAGUGCAAACUCUUGCAAACAGCCAAGUGUAUUUCUAUAUUAUUUCACCAAUCAUGCCUGUAACACCCUUGCACCAUCUGAUCUGCAUCCAUGCCUAUUCCUCUUCUAGUGUACCUUAGCAAUUACUCUUCAUUCUCAAUAAAAACAUUUUUGACAUUAAAUCUGACAAAGUCAAGAAGUUGAGGUUGGGUUGAUGGCACAGAUAUGUAAUAAGAUGAGUGAAAGUUUUGGUUUUAUACUGCCUGAGACGGCAGAAAAAGUGUCAUAGACAUAUUGCUGUUUUCUCAAAUUAUGGGGACUGCUGUUCUAUUACCACUUCCAAGGAUUUAGGCUCUUUUUCUUUUCAAUAUAUCCCCCCCCUUUUUUUA